AUGAGCUCCUUAAUCACCACGGUUAUAGUCGUCGUCGUUCUCGUCGUUGUUCUCGGUGGCGGUGUACUCGCUUGCGCUCUUGGUUGGAACCGCAUCAUGCCGGGGUGGAGCAGAAAGUCAAAAAAGCAGGAACAAUGGCCCUCUGAGAAAUACCCGUUUCCUUCGAGAAGCUCAGUGGAAACCGACUGGGUCGGAUCACCCAUCUCAUCACCUGCAUCAUCUCCUGUUGCUUCACCACGUGCGUCAAGGCAGAGCUCGGACAUAACGAUCAAGCAUGGUCGGCAGUCUUCGAUGCAGGAGAAUGUCUAA